AUGGCGGCGCUGGCCGAGCCCUGGCCGAGCCCUCGCGGUGCCUCGGGGCCGCUCCCGGUGCCGCCUCCCGCUCCUCUCCCGGGCCGCGCUCAGGCCGCGGCGGCUCCGUCCGCGCUCGGCUGCGCUCGGCCACUUCCGGCCGCGCUCGGCCACUUCCGGCGCCGCUCGGGCCGCGCUCGGCGCUUUCCGUCGCAGCUUCGGGGCCUUUCCGUCACCGCUCGGGUUUUUCCGAUGGUGCUCGCUGAUUUCCGGCACUGCUCGGGCCCCGCCCCCCUGACCGCCCCGCCCUCUUUUUUCUCCCCCCGCAGCCCCCCAGGCCCCGCCCCCAGCCCCUCCCCCCCCGCGGGGGUUGGGCGCUUCCUGUUGAUUGACAGCCAGGGCCUGCCCUACACGGUGCUGCUGGGCCCCGCCCCCGAGCCUGGCCCCGCCCCCGGCUCCGACCACGCCCCCGGGCGGUUCCGCUGCCCCGACUGUGGGCGGGGCUUCGCCUUCCUGUCCUACCUGCGGCGGCACCGGAUCGCGCACACGGAGCUGAAACCGCACCUGUGCCGCACCUGCGGGAAGCGCUUCAAACGGGGCUCGCACCUGGCCCGGCACCGACGGACACACGGACAGACUGAUGGACACGGGGAGGGACAGACUGACAGACACGGGGAUGGACAGACUGAGGGACAGGGACAGACACACGGACACACGGGGCUGGAACCGCACCUGUGCCGCACCUGCGGGAAGCGCUUCAAGCGCGGCUCGCACCUGGCCCGGCACCGACGGACACACGGACAGACACACGGACAGACUGAGGGACACGGGGAGGGACAGACUGAGGGACAG